AGACCUUUGCGUCGCAUUCCCUCACGCUGAGUGUGUGUACAAGAUAAGAGCCAUAAGGGUUGCAACAGGCCUUCCAGACAUGCCGCUCAAGAAGAAAAAUAAGAAGAAAAAUAAGAAAAAGGCAAGUGUAGAAGAAGACAUUCCAGAGGAGAAAGAUGGAGAUACUGAGAAAGAAGAUAAUUCAGAGGAAGAAGAGAGUGACGCAGAAGAGGAAGAAGAGAGUGAUGCAGAAGAAGAAGAGACAGAUGCUGAAGAAAACGAAAAUGUGGAGAUACAAGAAAAGUCUGAUGAUGAAGAAUCAGAUGAAACUGUGGAGGCAAUAGUAGACGACGAUGUGAAGGCGGAACCAGAGGGCGUAAAGCUGGACGUUGAGGUUGGGAAUUCCCUAAAGCUUGAGAAAGAAGAGCCAGCCUCGGUUUCCCAUAAGAAAAUGAAACCAGUGAACAAGUUGGAAGUUAUCAUGUCGAUAUUUGACGCGGCCCUGAAAAACAUUGGAGGAAGUUUCGCCAACAGCUACGUAGAGGAGUUGUUGCCUUUCUUGUAUCAGUGCUGGGGCCUCGAUGACAUGGCCAAUGUAAUAUACAAGAAGAUUAUGGAAAUUUGCUCGUCACAUAAACAAAGUUUGUCUCCUUUACACUUCUAUAUUUGGUAUCUUGUCGCAAAGGAACAGUCUUGCCCUCAAACCGAGCAGUGCGACAUCCUGCGAAGUGGGGUAAAGCAGCACCCCAAAGCAGCUCGUUUGCAACUGGAACUGAUGAAGUGCAUAAUGCAAGGAUCUGAGGACGAGGAGGAAGUGCUGGAAGAGUUUGAUAAAAUUGCAAGUGACGUGAGAGGGAAAUGUGGCCUUGAAUUAUGGGAAGAAAUUGCCAGAUAUAUUAAAGACGAGGAGAAUAGAUCCACAAUAUUUACCCGUGCUUCAGACCAUAGCAAUACCACCAUUGCAAAAGGCAUGAGAAUCAAGAACCUGCAGCAAGUUGCAUCAGAAAAAGGAUUACCAGAGGCAAGGAAACUGUACCAAAAACUGAACUGGUCUCCUCCGCUCUCUGAUAAGCUUCAUGCAUGUAUGGUGGAGCUAGAAUUAUCAAAAGAGACAGUGGAUGUCAAGAAGGUCAGGGGGAUUUUUACCACAGCUGUGCAACAGUUUGGGAAAAAACAUCCAGGUUUAUGGUUAGCCUACAUCCAGUUUGAGAAGCGCCAUGGAGAUCCAGUGCUUGUUGGUGGUCUGGUCACCAAGGCAGAAGACGAACUGGAAGUCAACGAAGCUCAGAUUUUCAGGGAGUUGCUUAUGGUUGUACGAGAGCUUCAAGGAGAGGAGAAAGGCAAGAGCAAGAAAAGAAAUACACUGAUUGAAGAAAGUAAAAUCAGUGAAUAUGGGGACGACGAAGAUGCAGGACCAGGAAGACAGGCUCUGGUGAAGCUCUUCGAUGAGGACCUCGUGUUGACCUACACCACCAAUCAGAAGAAAGAGGGUUUCUUCUUCCUCGUCCGCAGAAUGAGGAGACAAAUUGAGCAAGGCAAUGAGGAGCAAGCUGAGGAAGAUGGAAGUGAGUGGGAGCAAGUUUUACAGAUGCUGACUGGCCACAAGGUGGUGCUCUCGGUUCGACAGGUGAAGACUGUGCGCUCGAAGGAGCAGAAGAAGAAGAAGAAGAGUAGCGCUCCUGACAAAACUUUAAAGUAUCGGAGAAUGGUUUUGAGUGACGAGCUGCAGGUGGGAGAUUUACAGGGGAAGAGUGAUGAUCAGUUGCAGAAGGUGCUGGAGAAUUCACAGACUUUGCAGCCAGAGUUCAUGAAGCAGAAAAAGGUGGCUCCUUAUCACCUUACCAAAUAUCAAAAGAAGAAGCAGAGGAUGAUUGAGCGAGAGAAGACUAAGGGUGCUGGAUGGUUUGACAUGAAGGCUCCCGAGAUGACAGAAGAAAUCCAGCGGGAUCUAGAGCUCCUUAAGAUGCGAUCUGUCCUAGAUCCGAAGAGGCAUUAUAAGAAUAAUGAUAUGAAGGUUUUGCCCAAGCAUUUUCACCUUGGUACCGUUGUGGAGUCUCCUGUAGAUUUCUAUUCAUCUCGCAUUCCAAAGAAAAGCCGGAAGAGGACGCUGGCAGAAGAGAUCUUGAGUAAUGAAGAAAGCCUAAGGUUCCAGAAACGAAAGUAUGAAGAAAUAAUGGUUGGAAAGCAGAGACAACGGAAACGCCCCAACAGUGAGAAUACCAGAGACAUGUAUAAAGGCUUAAAGAGAGAUAGGAAAAGGCACCAGAAAAGGAAAUGAUAUCUAAGGGCUAUGUAUGAAAAUAUUAGCAAUAUUUUAUGAAUAAAAUAAAUAAUGACAUGAAAAUUGUGUAUCCUUGUUACACACGAGACUGUAAUGAAGCUUAUAAUUUUAAUAAAUUGUUUGAUUUGAAUUA